AGCCACUUUAAUUUCUUCUACUCAUUCAAGCCACUGCACGCCGCAGUAUACCCCGGAGGUAUCAUUUUUCCCCGGAUGUGAGCCACUAUGUGAUGAAAUGUGCUGAUUUCGCGGGUUCACGCUGCAAAUGGAUGACGUAAGCAAGGAGGAUCUGCUGGUUUUGCUUGCGUGUCUCCAGGGUGAAUUAGAGGCCCGCGAAACUGUCAUCGAAGCUCUCAAAUGUGAAAAAGCUGGUUGUUCCAGUGUUUUGAAGGAUCACAGCUCUCUUGGAGUCUGCGAGCCGCGUCCAUGCAAUUCUGGAAACCCUUACCAUGCUCUGUACAGAGAUUCGUUAAUUACACCAACUUCAUCUGAUGGAGAUGCAGCCUUAAAACCUCUGUACGAUAGUCAACUCAUCCAACUAGAAAAUCUGAUAACAUCUCAACGACGUGCUCAGGAAAAAAUGAGGGAGCGGAUUAUUCUCGUGGAGGAGAAGUACCUCAAGGCUUGUGAGACACUAGAAGAGCAGCGCAAGAAACAUGAAAGGGAUACUGCUGAAGGGGACGAUGUACUCGUUUUACUGGGGAAGGAACGCGAGAAGCUCAAAUCUGAGGUUGAGCACGAAAAAUUACAAAACCAACGUUUAGAGAAAGAGCUCAAAACGCUACAAACUAGUUGGUGUGAACAACGACUUAUGCUACAAAAACAGAGGCAAGCCGGUGUGUUUUUAUGGAAAGCGCGCCGCUCCCUUUUGAACCGUCUUACACGGGCGCAGGACCGCAUUACUGAGUUAGAGAAGGAGCUUGAAUCUCGUGACUCAGGUUUGAGUCACAGACUGCCCACACUUUCACCUGUUGGAUCAUCCGCUUCAGGUCCCCAUUCGGGGGACUGCGUUGCACGGGAGAAAACACUUGACUGUCCUGUCACUAGUGAGCCGUGCAGAUGCGAAGAUUUACGCAAUCGUUUGAACGAAGAAACAGCAUCUCGACUGUUGGUCGAGGAGAAACACGAAAGGCUGCAGCGCAAAUAUGAGGCCUUGCUCGCAGCAACUAGCCGGAGAACUCACGUGGAGCCCGAUACCUCUUUUUCACUUGAAGGAGAUACCUGUGUGAAUGCAAUUCCUGGCGUUGCAAAGCCAAGAGGUGACUCGCCUCCUCGGUUCCAGCGUUUCAAACCUGACCCUCCUGCACGUCGGUCUUCCGAAAUAACUUCCUCUGUCAGUGGUUACACUGGAUGCUCAAGCAUUGAUGGGUCAUGCAACGACAUGCACUCCGAACUUACGCAACCAAUCUCUGAACCCACUAUAAUGCACAAACACGAAUCGGGUGUCAUCAAGGGUUCCGGAUUUGCCUGUGAUGUGACCUCUUCUCUGAGCGCAAAGUUGGCAUCACUUUCAACAGAAAGCAGUUUCUCUUCCGGACUAUCUGAAUCUCGUUCCUCCACCCCAUCACCCCCACCCCCGCCACCCCCUAUUCACCUACAUUAUCCCUAUCCCGGUAUGCAAAGUCAAUCGCAUCAUUCAUCUCUUCGCGGUCCUUCCGAUGCCACACAAUAUCUCUGCUCCGUUCCGUGUGAUCGCCCGUUAUCGGGUCCACCAAUGCAUUCUAAUCCCGGCUCUAAGGUGCGCGGCCUCUUAAAUCCUCACCUGCCCCGUCAACCACUCACUCCGUACCAGCCUUCAUACCCCAAUUCGUCAGUUCUGCUUGGCGCUCGCAUGCAGAAAUUGCGCGUGGGCACGGGUCGUCGGAGCAUUCCGAGGAAGCCGGUUACCGUGGCCAUUCCUGAGUCGGCUUCGCUCCCAGUUGCUUACCAUAACCAAUACCCUUCGUUCUCUUCCACUCAAGCAAACCAACAGCCAUCACACUUUCCACCCUCACACUUUAUUCACUCAUCAGGUGGAUUAAAUCCCAGCAACCAUCACCUUCACGCCUACUCACCAACUCUGCCACAUCCUCCAGUGCCCACUAUCAAUCCAGUUCAACACGGUACCGCGCGAUCGUCACGUCCUGUUCCGCCCUCAGCAGCUGGUCUGGCCUCGGGGACCAUUCCUAUCAACACCGGACAUGUAUGCGUUAACGGUAAAUGAUCAUGCGCCUUUCCUCGUACUUUUAACCUUCCACCGAACGACUUUAUAUAGCUUUCAAAGACGAAUAUUUCUAUUCCAGGUCCAAGCGGUGAGAUGUUCGUACUUGCUUACUGAGAUAUUUAUACAUCGUGGUGCUUUUGCAAUGAUUUCAGUGCUGUCCACCAAACGGAACUUCCCUACAGGCCCAAUUCUUAUGAACCUUUUUGCUAUACACAUUCAAUCAAGUGCAAUCGUUCUUUCAGUUCAGUCCUACUUCCUCAUUUUUGUUUCGUUGACUAUCUACGUUUACCGUAUUCAUGAGCACACAUCUCCGUUCGGCUGUUGGCCACUUCCCUUCUGCUCGUUGACCCGCCACUUUUGGUGCCACUAUGUGCUGGUCAUGUCACGUACACACUCUCCCCCCGUCUGUGAUUGGUUAUUCAUUUCUGCUGUGUGUGUGCCGAAGCGUAUCACAUCGGCAUUUUUGACAUUUUCUUCCUUAUAAUGUUCGCCUUUUAUCCUCAUGCAUUUAACGUAUUUAUGCACUUGUAUAAAACAGCUGUGCUUGAGGGUUUUC